AAGGACUCGUAUAUCGUUUUCCUGGCUCCUGAAAAGGUAUACCGGCCCAGAGUCUCGGGGCUUGUCGACGACCAGAACCUCGGUUCCCCUCCUCACUACACUACCAUCACAAUGACUCCAUUCUCAAUCACGGACAACUCGUCUUCUCCAUCAAAUAGCUGGCCCCUCGAUCAGUUUGUCCAAGAUCCCGGAUAUCUGGCUUACCAGGAAGAGCUCCGGUGCCUCAUCUUCAAUACUGCCCAGACUGCCGCGCCCUCACGCGAGACCUCCCCUGUCCCAGGAGAACAUGGUCCACCUGGUGAAGAUUUUGAGGUCCAGGCCCAGAUCAAGGCCGCUCUCUCAUCUGGCCGAAGGCUGACUUAUUUGAAAAACUACGUUGCUGAAGUAGCUCCAUGGCUUGAUAUGUUCGACAGUGAGCGAGCAUUCACUGUGCAAGUCCCCGUCCUUGCACGCCGAUGCCCGGCUCUCCUCUACGCCAUCCUCGCCCUCUCAGCUCGGCAGAUGGAGCGCAAGGAAUCCAAGCAGCACUCGUUUGACAGCUUGGAGCUCUACCAGGAGGCCAUCAGGCUCCUCAAUCCCCUGCUCCAGGCCCGAGAUCUCACCAUUAUCCCAAUUUGCGUCAUCCUGUGCUGCCUUGAGAUGAUGUCGGCUAGCCCACAAGACUGGCGUCGACAUCUCGAGGGUUGUGCAGCCCUAUUUGAUGCAUUCGAUAUCAACGGGUUUAGCGGCGGUUUGCUCCAGGCUGUUUUCUGGUGCUACGUACGAAUGGAUUUAUGCGGAGCUCUAAUAUCUGAUGGAACCCAGGGCACAAUCGUGUCUCUCAACAAAUGGCUCCCUGCUGGUGCCGACCCAGCUUCCGCUGCCAAUCUCUUCCGAGAGCACCGGUCCCCAGACAUGCACGCAAACUACUCCGUCUAUUUAUGCUCCAAAGUGUGUGAGCUUGUAGCUGACAGGACUCGCUACGUGGAACUUGGAGAAAACAACGGAUGCGACUCUGCCGCCUUUGAAAGGCGUUGGCUCCGCCUGUGGCAUGAUCUCCAGGCUUGGCUUCAAGAUCGACCUCCGGAAAUUGUCCCCGUCAAAUCAAUCGACAGCCGGCCAUUUCCCCAAAUCCUCUUUGUCCACUGGGCUGGUAUUUCCUCCAACCAGCUGUACCAUACCGCCUGCACCUUGCUUCUAGGCUCGAAACCUCGAGAAAUCAAACUCGAUGUUGGACAUACGGGUUCUGCAAUCUGGCAUGCGAAAUGCAUUUGCGGCAUCUCAUUGACGAAUCCCCACCAAGGCUGCUUGAACAACGCCAUCCAGCCUUUGUGGAUCGCUGGAAGGCUUCUUAGCCACAAAUCUGAGCAUUUGCUUCUGUCAAAGCUCAUUCAGAGCAUAGAAGCAAUGACUGGCUGGGCAACAUGCUGGCGUAUUGCCGAUCUCGAGAAUUCUUGGGGAUACAAAGUUCGAUAAAACGCCAUGAAAACAUUGCGUUCAUUA